GCACCCAAUAAAUAUCGGCCGACAGGAAGUGAAAUGCCUCACCUUGACUCACGGUGACUUCAAAGGUUGGUCACCUCGAUGUCAUCCUUCCUGGGCGCUGGAGAUCGCCCGCACAUCGAAGCCCGCACCGCGCGAAAGGGCGAAGAAGCAGCCCAGCGAGCGUUAUCUUUGGCUGGCCUACCCGGCCCUCCACGACCUCUGCAUUCUCCUGCUCAUAGUUGCAGCGGGCGGACGGUCAGCUGACGGUCGUACCUACCGCGAAGGGGGCUUCCUGUGCAUGCGCGCCUGACGGUUGGGUUACUGCGAAGACUGCUGCGAACCUUGGCUAGCGGACCACGGCAAGCUCGCCAUUCCACACCACGAACCCAGUUAUGUACGUUCUGGCAUUAUCCCUGGAAAUACGGUAAAUACAACGGAAAGCGACUAGCUGGAGGGUACAUGCAAAGAGAUGGGAGAGAUGAAAGAUGAACGGACGACGAACGGAGAGGCCUGUGUAGCGUGAAUGAA